GGUGUUAUAUGGUGGAUGUACAGCCCGGAGGGCGUGCGCCGAGCUGUCGGGAUAUUCCGGGGCUGUUCACCUUCCUCGGGCACACAAAGGAGGCGAGGAGGCGCUUUCCGUGAGGAUGCCGGAGGGUUUCGGGGCAGGUGUGCUCCGUCCCCCGGCGCUCCCUCCGCGCUGCCCCGAGCGCGGCUCCCGCUCCCCGCCCGCUCCCCGCUCCGCCCCCGGGCCGCGCCGGGCGCGUCCGGGCGGGCCCCGCCGCCGCAGACAGCGGGAGCCAUGGACGCGGCUGCCGACUGCCUCAGCCCGGCUGCCCAGCAGCAGGCUGAAGCGAGACUCGCGGCGAAGCGAGCGGCGCGGGCGGAGGCGCGGGAGAUCCGGAUGAAAGAGCUGGAGAGGCAGCAGAAGGAGAUCUAUCAGGUGCAGAAGAAAUAUUAUGGGCUGGAUACUAAGUGGGGAGACAUCGAGCAAUGGAUGGAAGACAGUGAGCGUUAUUCCCGUAGAGCCCGAAGAAAUGCCUCGGCUUCGGACGAAGAUGAGCGCAUGUCAGUGGGUAGCCGUGGAAGCCUGAGGUCUCAUUUGGAAUAUGCCAGCACCUACCCAGUGGCUGGAUUAGAGAGUGAGAGGACCAAAAAGAAGAACUACUCCAAAGCAACCAAUGGUUAUGAGGAAGAUGUGUGUGGAUCAUCCCAGAGUAGAAAAUCUAGCAGGGCAUCGUACUACUGUGACCUGGGUCUCCCCAGCAACAGCUAUGCUUCCACAUCUCAACUUUCUUCCCAAAAUGGAAAUUGGCCCUCCCUGCUGUACAGCGAUGCCCUGCCAGCCAGGAGUUACAGGGCGUCUGUGUACGAGGAGAGCGUUUACAGCGGGAGCCGGCGCUAUAGUGCCCCCAGUUCCCGCGCUCCUUCCGAGUACAGCUGCUACCUUGGUUCGGGAUCUCGGGCAUCCUCCAGAGCCAGCUCUGCUCGGGCCAGUCCAGUGAUUGAGGAAAGGCCAGAAAAAGACUUUGAGAAGGGAGCACGAACUGUCUCAAGUUUAUCAGCAGCUACCUUGGCUUCCCUGGGCGGGACUUCUUCACGGAGGGGCAGUGGGGACACGUCCAUCUCAGCUGACACAGAAGCAUCCAUCAGGGAAAUCAAGGACAUCUAUGAGUUAAAGGACCAGAUUCAGGAUGUAGAAGGCAAAUACAUGCAGGGGCUGAAAGAACUGAAGGACUCUCUAGCUGAAGUUGAGGAGAAAUACAAGAAGGCUAUGGUGUCAAAUGCUCAGCUGGACAAUGAGAAAACCAACUUCAUGUACCAAGUGGACACCCUGAAGGAUGCGCUCUUGGAGCUGGAGGAGCAGCUGGCAGAAUCCAGGAGGCAGUAUGAAGAGAAAAGUAAAGAAUUUGAGAGGGAGAAGCACGCUCAUAGCAUAUUGCAGUUUCAGUUCAUGGAAAUCAAAGAGGCUUUGAAGCAGAGAGAAGAAAUGCUUGCAAAACAUGGAAUAAUCCCAGACUCUGAUAUAGCCACCAACGGGGACACCUCAGACAUUCUGGAUAACGAAGGACACUUGGAUUCUUCCCGACCUGCUCCAGGCACCACUCAGGCAUUAAAGCCAGGAGGGGAGGGGAUGCUAGGCAAAGCCAAUGAAGUGGAGAUGAAAAAUGAGAUUUUGGAGGAUGUGGGGAAAAGAGAAAUCUUGCAGAAUACUGAGCAUGAGGAACACAAAGAGGAGUCUGAGGAGGAGGAGGAAGCACAGCCAUUGCAUGCUGCUGAAAAUGCAAAGGCAGAACACAUGGUUGAAGAACGGGACGCCCCGCCAACAGUGAUGAUCCCAGAGAGUAGGUGUGCAGAGCAAGGCCAAAGCCUCACAGCACCUGUGUCAGGGAGCGCUUCCUCCAACAGUGACAGUGACACAGAUGGCUUGGGAGAGGUCACAGAGUCCAGGGGCACGGCAGUCCAGCAGCCUGAGAGUACAGAGGCUGAACGGACAAAUGAGAACUUGGAGCUGGGCUCUCCACAAGGCCACCAGAUUUUUGAGACUCCUCAGGAAAUGUUUUGUGACUCAGGUACAGAGCAGGAAGUGGGAGAAGCUGCACCCAACCAGGAAGAACAAGAGGAUCUGGUUUUAAGCAGCCAUUCCCUGAGUGAUAAUGAAAUGGCUGAAGGCUCUGACAGUACAAGUGAGAGCAGUGAGUUGGUUUCUAACCAGGCAGGGCUACCUGAGGGAGCAGUGGCAGGCUUGCUUAGGGAGGAGGGAAAUGUGGAGAGUUCCACUCCAGGGGAAGCCCAGCACUCAGAAGAAAGUGCUGAAAACAAGGCUGCAAAUGUCCUGGAGGAAAAGUUUGUUGACUGCACUGAUGGAAAAAGUGACAAAACAGCAGAUGACAGAGCUGAAGAAGAAGAUGAGGCUGGGAACACAGUUCAGGGUCUGCCUAGGGAAACUGAGUCUGUGGGUUUGCAGGGGACAGAGCCACAUGAAAGGGAUGUCCCAGCAGAGGCACUUGAAAAGGAAGGUGGAGAACAUCAGGCACCCAUCCAGCCCGCUUCUUCAGAGGACAGUCCUUCAGCACCCCCAGAGGAACCAAGUACACAGGGUAAAACUGAAGAUGAAAUGGCUACAGCUGAGAAAGAUGGACAGAAGGAAGAAUUGAUGGAAGAGCUGGAGAAGCGUUCAGGUUCUACUGAAGCAGGCGAGCAAGGUGUGGCAUCUGUGGAGACAGGAGGCUGCAUUCCCAAGGGAAUGGGAAGUGAGCUGCAGCAGGCACAGCCAGGAACAGAGGCGGAGACAGAGGUGACCACUCAGGAAACCCAUUUAGACCCGAGCCUUUUAGGUGAUGAAAUUAAGAAGUCAGGAUUGGAAACAGGGGAUGAGGCUGAGGAAGGACAGGAGAGUAGGAUGGAAUGGGCAGAAGAUUUGAAUCCAAAGGUAGAGGUUCAAACAAGUCAGUGCAGUGAAGAAAUGGCAGGUGGUCCAGAAGGAGAGAAAAACAUUCCUUUAGAGGGGGAAGUGCAGAAGGUGGUUAAACAAGCAGAAGGUGAAUGUAAAGAGGAGUCAGGUGUAGGUGUUACUGCAGCUACUGAAAACAAAGCCAGUAAAGAAACACUGAAAGAAAAUGAGCAAGAGGUGGAGCUUGCAGACCACCCUGGUGGGGAAUUUGCUUCUGAGGAAGGUGUAAGUAAUGCCCUGGCACAGAAGUCUCUGCAGAAUGACGACAUUAGUGAACAAGUUACACUGGAGGAAGAUGUAAAUAAUUCCCUGGCACAGGAACCUGUGCAGGAUGAAAACAUUGGUGUACAAGUUAAAUUGGAGGAAGGUGUAAAUAAUUCUGUGGCACAGGAACCUGUGCAGGAUGAAAACAUUGGUGUACAAGUUAACUUGGAGGAAGGUGUAAAUAAUUCUGUGGCACAGGAACCUGUGCAGGAUGAAAACAUUAGUGUACAAGUUAAAUUGGAGGAAGGUGUAAAUAAUUCCCUGGCACAGAAGCCCGUGCAGGACGACAACAUUAGUGAAGAAGUGAAAUUGGAGGAACAAGCAGAGGAGAGCCUGGAAGAUGAUGGUGAUGCAUUUGAUUUCGAUGAAGAGUCAAAUCAAAUACUAGAAUCUGAUGAAAAAUGUGAUGGAGAUGAAGCUGAUACACAAAGAGAAGAGGGUGAUGGAGCAAAUGGUGCUGCUGGAAAAACUGCCCACACGGACAAAGCUGGAGAGGGAACAGACAAAAUGGAAACCAAAGAUGCUUUGACCAAAGGUGAAGUCCUGCAGCAUAAAAAAGAUGAACCUGAAGGAACAGGGUGCUUGCAAGGGGAAGCGUCAGGGAAAACUGAUGUGGAGGAAGAUGAAAUCAAAGUAUCAGAUUCUAGUAAACUGGGAAAAUUACAGGAUGAAGAAGUUUUGGAACAGGUUUUGGAAAGUGCUUUCAUUAAGAGGGCUGAAAGCAGGGAGGAUUUGCAGGCUGGCAGAAGGAGUAAGGGUAGAUCCAGAGAUGACUGUACCAUCUCCUGAGUUCAGAAUCUCAAACCUACGUGAGUUCCAUGCCCUGUGACCAGUCCCAGGACACAAACAUGCACUUUGCACAAGACAUCAGACCUUGGAAUACCCUUAGAGCUUUGUCUUUGUAGGUAACUCAGCCUAAAGCAUGGAUAUGGUAAUGAUGCAAGUAUGGUAAUGAUGCUCUUGUGUUGUACCCAGCCACAAGAAAUCGAGACUGUCUCGGGUUGAAAGCUUAUCACCUUGUGAGGAAGCUUCACAACUUGACCAUUCAAACUAUUAUGCAAUUAAAGUACCUCUAGUGUGGAUAGCUGCUCCUGGGGAUUUCUACAGGAUUUUUUUUUAUUAUUCUAGCCUAGUUGAUCAAUAUCUUGAAUGCACAUUGGGCCUUUGUGAACUUAUGCACAUUAUGCUUACUUGUACUUCAAUCUACAGCAAGCACAUUAACUCUUCAUGAAGGAACUCAGCCAGAUCACCAGUUUCACUGAUGGUGAAACUUCUUUCAGAAUGAUUAAAGCCUAUGAACCAAUCUCUUAUUUUUUUAACAUGAAGAAAAAAGAUAUUUUCAUUCCACUUUGUGUGUAUUUCUUACAUGGUCAUAUUCCAAAAUACAGUUAGAUCACUGUGAAUCUGCUUAGUCUGAGCACUUUGGAAGAGCAAUGCACAGUUUGGAGAAAGUGCAACAUACAGGUCUUAGUUUGCUGAAAGGAAUAAAUAUAUACAUGUUUACUUCAUCCAGGCACUUUGCCACUACCACAGUAGGCCUUUUACACCAUGUCUUGCAUGGUGUUUUUAUUUUUUCCAGAGAAAGUGUCAAUACACAGUGUAAUGUGUGCUUAGGUUUGCUAUCAAGUACUGUCAGAUAUCAAUAUAUAAAAUAUCUAUUUUUCCAAGAAAAAUUUUUGUUUAAAAUUUGCUUAUUGCAUUAUAUAUUUUUUGCAAACUCUGAUUCUGAAAGAAUGUUUUUAUCUCUGAAACAAAUCUUAUCUCUUCCCUUCUGAAAAGAAGAUAACUUUGCAUGUCUUAACUCUUGCUGGAUAUCAGACCAAAGAGGACUGUUGUUUUGUGUACUAGCCCCACUGUGGCUUUUGGAAAAGCUGGGUUGCUUUGAGUUGCUGGCAUAAAUUAGGCUCUUGGACUCCCUUGCUGUAUUUCCUCUUGCAUCUCUGCUAGUGCUUGGGAAGAGAGCAUGUUUUGCAUAUAUAAAUAUUCAUUUAAAGUGUUAAGCAGUGCAUGUCCCAAGGGAAUGCAGAUCGAGGGGGGUUCGAGGGGGGGUUCGGGCUGUGGAAGGCUGAGUUUGUGUUGAUGUUACAAAGUUGUCAGAGCGCAGACAGACUGCAAAAUUGGAAGAUGUAUAUCAAAAUGUACUGCUGUAUAUAAUUUAAAUAAACAUAUUUUAUACUUUAAAAUACCUGUCCAGAGCACUGUUUCUAAACCUGCACAAGGAGUUAUUUAAACCUGUAUCAUUUCAACACCAUUUUUCUGCAGCUGUUGUUCAAUUUAUUACCUUGUGCUACGUAGCUACAAGAGCCAUCUCCCUAGGACUGGGCAGCCUCGGGGUUUGAGCACCUUGAAUAUGUGAUGGCACCUUAACUGUAGAGCUCUAACAGGUCUGUAACCCUGUAACUCCUUUCAUGUGGCUUCUCUCCAACUUACAGCAGAUCCACCGUGGUUUCUGUAAGUAUUGGCAGUUGUUCCUAAGGGUUUACUCUAGAUGCUAAUCCAAAAAGUCAUAGAUCUUAUAAGCAUUUCUUAUUAGCAUGUAGCAGUGUUUAUUUAAAGAUUUGGCUGUGCUAUACUCUCAACAGUAAUAUGUGGUUUAAUGUUGGAAGUGGGUUUUAAUUGGUAAAUAGACUUAAACAGAUCAUUAAGUGGUCUUACCGGGCUUCACCUGUACUGUGGAUGGAUCUAUCAGAGUCAAAUUAGGCAACGUGCCAUUAUAUCCCGUGUUUCUUACGAGUUCAUUUCUGAUUUUCACUAGUUUUUCCACUUCCAAAGAAAAGACAGCAUCUUUAAGAGAAUUCCUUUUUAAAGCCAUAUCACAGGAGCAGAAACACCUCCAAUCUUACCUGUCCAUGCACCAGCUUGGAUCCCACUCCCAGUGUAACUGGGAACAAGACCAUGGAGAGGCAGUGCAGCGUAGCUGUUGUGCCAGAAAUCCACCCUGGAAUGUUGAAAACGAGAAUGUGACCCAAGGAUGAAUCUUUGUCUUCCAGAAUAACCCCAAAUGCUCGCUGGGUUUUCUGGUCAUCACCUAGUGGCACAUAAAUGCUGUAGCCCAGGUCUGUGCAUAUCAGAGCUAGCCUGAAAUCCUUUCAAAAGCAGUAUCUCAAGAAACUUACUUGAUAAAAAAGGGGAAUAAAUAGUGCAAAGGUCUUGGUCAAUAUCUUCUUUGCUAUAGAGAAGAACAGUCCUCCUGUGCUCCUCAAAAGCAGUACUGCAAGCUGGUGUCUUCCAAAUCCUGUGCUGUUCCUGGCAGCACCCCUCUUCUGAGAAAGACAGGAAAGCAUUUUCUCAUCAUCCAAAAUAGAUGGACAGAUCUGGAGAAGGAGCAUUGCCCAACCUGCUUCUGACAGCUGGAUUCUUGCAGGCUGUUCUGAAUAGCUGCUUGGGGCUGGGAUUUCAUGGGAUGUCUUUCCAUCCUCCAAGACCAGUUUAUCCCUUUCAUUUACAUCAUGGUUCAUUAUUUCCUGGGCCACACAUCGUGUAAAUCACACAGGUAAAACCAGCAGCCUCCCAUCCCAUGCUCCCCUCUUAGUGGAAAGCCAUGGAGGAUGGAUGUGUGGCUGGUUUGGGAAUGUUUGGGCCACUGGGGGGGCAGCACCUGAGUAAGCAAUGCCUGGAGUCACCUGCAGUGCCGAGGCAGUGAGAUCAGAUCAGUCACUGGACUUGGGAGCUGUGGCAGCACCGUGCUCACCCUGCUGUGUCCUGCUCCCUCACAGGCCCCAUCUCCUCCUCGGCCUCUGUAAACUCUGUGGCCAUGAACUGGUGCAGUGAGUACCCUGGGAAUCACCUUCCCAAAGUGAAGUGAGGUGAAUGUCACACUCUGAUUAUUCACUGGAGCAUCUUUCUAUGUGGAGUAAGGUUAAUGACUGUUACAGAUGAGAAUUUUAAUUAGCUGCUUCCUGUCCUGAUUCAAUAGACUGUUCUUUGCUGCCUGUUCUCAAGGUCCUCAGAUUCGGUGGAAAAAUAUCUCGUAAAUGCAAAAUCAAGGUGACCCUGCAGAGUAAGUUUUCUGUGUUAAUGUGGGGGUUUAAGAUAAGUGAAACCCAAGAGGCCCUCAUCUCGACAGGCAGAAUAUGAAUGGCAAUUUAAGCAAACUAAUUUUUUCCCUGCUGCCUGCAUGUCCCAAUGGGGUGCACAGAUGUCUGUAAUGAGGGCAGAGAGAACUGAGGGUGAGAUCAAACUUGACAGUUCACCCCAAAAUGCAUCCUUUUUGCAGGAAAAGGGCUUUGGGGAACCCAGUGUCCUUCCUCACUGGAAGCUGGAAGAGGUCUCCUUUCUUCAGGCAGGCAGGUUUCACCCCACAGCAGUGGUUGUGUUAAUGAAAGUCACAACUAAAUUAUUUCCAGGAUCAAAGUGUGUUACUUGGCCCUUUUGGAGUCAAUACAUUUGGGCUAAUUUUGUAGUGGCCUAAAGGUUUCCUGCUGCACCAGUCCUCAUUCUCUUUCCAAUCCUUGGAACUCCAUUUCUUAAUCUUUGCUGGCCUGUAAAUCCCAACACAGUCUCUUGAGUCCAAGUAUCUCCAAGCUGUUUGCUGCUCUUGCUUUCUUCAUUGGCCUUUGUUUUUCUUCCAUAUCUUUCAUCUUUUGCAGAAUUUUUGUCUUAAGUUUUCUUUCCUUCCCAUAUAGAUCUGUGAAAUUGUUUUAUUGUUUUGAAGGGGUUUAUACUCAGAAAUUUUGGUUGUGGGUGAUAUUUACCAAAAAAGUGGGUUCGGGUCUUUUUUGUUUUUUCAUAUCAGUGCUCAGGUGAAACAAUGUUGGGUGUGUUACAAAUGGAUGAAAAACAAAAAGAAUAGGACUUCAGGAGGUUCAAAAUUAAUCCAUAGAUCUGCUGAACUGGGAUCUCACGCUCAGAUCUGUAUUUGGGUAUUGCAUCAGAAGCCAAGGUAAAGGUUUUAUUCCAUGCUCUGGAGUGGGACUAUAUGGGGGGGUGUAUUCCCAGGAGGGGAAUGACAUACUGUAUUAAUGUCUGCUGUACUUCCAUUGGGAAGCCAGUUUCCACCAUGACUUGAUUCAAUACAGACUCUUGAUUCCCUUUAAGUGCGUGUGCUAACAAGAAAAAAAGGAAGAACCACAAGACUUUGGCCUUUUCAGGAGUUGUCAUCAAAGAAGAAAUGGUAUUUUUAAAGCUCUUCAAAAAACUUUGAGUCUCUCUCUCUCAGCAGAAUUUACCUGGUAAAAGCCCACCAGGCUCUUAUGUGUAAUUUACCUUGCUUUCCUAAGUUUAAGAAAAGAUCUUUUCCUUGAGUGACCUUUGGAUUUUAACCAUUUGAUCAGCAGGCCAGACCUCAGCUGUGGAGUUGAGCUCUGAGCAGCCUGGGCUCUGCACUGCUGGCAAGGGAGGCCAGCUGAACAAACCUGCAGUGAGACCCAGCUGAGGUCAACAGAUCCUCUCCUAAUGGGUGCAUUUGAAUGUGAUGUUGCAGCAUGCUCCUGCCUGAGGUGUACCUGAACAAACGGAGCUUGUUAAUUAAUGAGGUCAUUUGGGUGGUAAGAAAAUGUGCUUUCUCACAUUGCAGCCCUUAAUGGGGAAGGAAAAAAAGGAAAUGAUUUGGUUGCUUACUUUGUAGUUCUUUUUCCCAGCUGUCUCAUUCUGUAGAGUGCACUUUAUUAAUGAAGGCUGCACAUACCCAUACUUCCAAGUCUAAAUGUAGGACAACAGUUGUGCAGAUUGUCCAUUUCCUCUUGAUGUUUGACCUGGAGAAUUGACUCUGCAGAGAAAACAAUGUUUUACCAGACUGCUGCGUUCAAAACACAAAUAAUUUGACGGGCCAAUGUUUUUCUGGUCAUAAUGUUGGAGCUAAAAUGUCACUGCCAUGUAAAAGAAGGGAAGAGUUAAAAAGUGCUGAGAAUGUGCUUAGCUGUGAUUAUAGGUGUUUACAGUAUUGUCAUUGUGUUAAACUGUCAAGAUGUUGUGAGAUUUUGUGUUGCAGUUGUGCUUGACCCUAGAGUUCUUGCAUGCUAACCUAACGUAGAAGAUUAGCCUCUUUGCAUGCAGCUGGCUGCUGGGACAAGCAUGUUCUGUGAGAAUGCCAUAACUGCCCUGGCUGCAGCCCCCUCCCAGCCCCGUCCGGGCCUCGUGUCCUGUGGUACGUGCCCUCACUCCCCCUUCAGUAGCCACUAACCUGAACGGGUCAGGCUCGUGCCUCAGAUGCGCUCCCCGUGCGCCGCUCGAUCAGCCAGCUCUGACCUCUGCCUUUUCUCUUCCAGACAGGCUGAAAAAGCUCAUCGAUGAACGGGAGUCCUUGCUAGACCAG